AUGUGCCCAGACAUCAGGAACAAUUAUGAGAUCAGUAACUAUGUGUGGUUCCUCAAUUCCUUGAUAGAUAAUGCAGAUGAUGUCAAAGCGUUAAGGAAAGCUAGGGUUCUGAACAACCUUCUCGGAAGCGAUGAUGAAGUGGCGAAAAUCUUCAACACAGUGAGCACCGACUUGGUGCUUUAUACAGGAAAGUAUGAUCGUGUGAGAGACAAUAUUGAGAAAAUUUACAAUCGUAAAGUAAGCACUUGGUUCGCUGAAUUGCAACUCAAGCAUUUCAACACCCCGUGGACAAUCAUUGGCCUAAUAUCUGCUUUUCUUGGGUUUAAUCUCACUAUUGUCACCCUCAUAAGGGAAUUAAGCAAAUAAGAAGGAUUAGCCUCCUCCUAAUAGCCAUCCACUAAAAUCAGAUCCCUCACUGGUGUGUUUAGACAAUUAAGAUUCACUUUAAUGUGGUUUGUGUCGUAUAAAUGAAUAAGUUAACCAAAGGCGUAGUCACUGAUAAAGCAUAAUGGCCUUGCGCAAUUUCCAU